AUGAAUUCUGCUGGAAAACUUAUUGAGUUAAGAAAGCUUAUUUUACUAAAAAGCCAAGAACUUGUCCCCACCCUUGGAUUUUCCCAAAACCUCUUUCAAGUCGCUGCUAAAGAAAUCUCAGUGUCACCAGUAUCAUCAAUUUAGGCAAUAGUAGGACAUCUCUUCCCAGAAGGCCCGAUUGCCCUAGUGCACCAUCUUAUGGAGUCUUGGCAAGAGCAAUUAAAUGAAGAAUCGUCGUCCCCUAACUUAAAAGUUAUGAAUACAAAGGGAAAAGUCUACUUCUACACAAAGAGAAGAAUGGAAUACAUAAUUCCUUAUAAAAACGUGUGGAAAGAAGCUAUGACACUGAGUGCUUCUCCUAGCAAUGCAUUGAAUACUACAAGAAUUCUUUUAAAUACAUGGGAUACAGUGCUGAAUCUGAGCGGAGAAAAGCCAUUGCCUUACCAUUAUGUAAUACCACAGUUUUUAGCGGCAAGAGCUGCAUAUGGGAAAGCUUAUUUGUUUACUGAAGUAUAUUUUCUUACUGAUAGUCCAGACUAUAGUAAAACUUGGAGUUUUUUGGAAGGGCAAAUAGACAGUCUAUACCUACAAAAAAGUAUUGCUAAUACAUUUUUUGAUUUGGCUCAGUUUACGUUGAAAGCGCAGUUUAGAGUGCUUGAAAGCUUUUAUCCGCAGCCAAGAGUUCAUGAUAACCCAAUAGUAAAAUAA